GAAUUUGGCAGAGAGGGAGAGAAACAAUGGCGUCGAAAUCAGAUAUGAAGGGUUUCUAUAGGCAAAAGAAGAAUAAGAAUGGUGGGAUCACUAAAUCAACAAAUUCAAAAUCACCAUGUGCUGUUACUACGAAGAAAUCUAUUACCCCAAAGCAAGCGGCUGCUCUCGGCUCUGAAUUUACCCACUCUCCAGCCCUAAAUGUCCACGGCUCUCCCAAUUUGCAAGAUGAUUAUGACAGGCAGGAGGAAUUAUUAAGGCAAUUUGACUUGGAUAUGGCUUAUGGACCAAGUCUUGGAUUGAGCAGAUUGGACAGAUGGGAGCGUGCUAAAAAUCUUGGUUUAAACCCUCCUAGAGAUGUGGAGCCUCUCUUGAGGUCUAACAAGGUUCGGAAUGAAUCUUUGUGGGAUGGACGCGUUUAACUUUGUUUAGUCUGUUGAUUAUCAUCCAGUAACUCUUGUAUUACUUAGUUUUCCUUUUCUGUUGGGGCGGGGUGGGUCUUGUUCUGGGUAAAAAGUUACAGCAUCUAGCUGUAUGGUAGUUUCUUUACAAAUGUUUUGUUUAGUUUAUUCCUAAUAUAAGCUUCGUUAAAGUUUGUUGUUUCUUGUUUGGUUGUUCUGCUGCUGAAAAGUACCUAUGCAUA